AUGGAGUGCAGCUUCAACGGAACUCUUCUGAUCAGUGUGCUCCCACCACUGCUGGUCACAGAGUUUGUUCUGGGACUCCUGACUAAUGGAUUAGCCUUGUGGAUCUUCUGCUACCACCAGAGGCCGUGGAAAAGCAGCACAGUGUUGCUUUUCAACCUGGCCGUGGCCGACUUCCUGCUCAACCUGGUUUUGCCGCUGCGCGCCAGCUACUACGGCUCUGAGACCGUGUGGCUGUUUGGAAAGCACCUCUGCAACAUCUGCCUCUUCAUGCUGGCGAUGAACCGCAGCGGGAGCACCUUCUUCCUGAUGGCCAUCGCUGUGGACAGGUACAUGCGGGUGGUGCACCCCCAUCACCCCAUCAACUCUCUGAGUGUGGGGAAAGCCAUGCUCGGAGCACUCGGGUUGUGGCUGGUCCCCAUCACAAUGACUGCCCACAUCCUCACCCUCCAACACAACACGACCAGCUGCGAGAGCUUCAUGAUUCCCAUAGAUCCCCAAAGUAUUAUCUCCUGGCAUAAGUUCACAUUUCUUUUUUCCUUCUACAUGCCUCUGUUCGUCAUCCUCUACUGCACCUUCCACAUUGCUGGCCAGCUGAGACGAAGGCAGCUUACCCACCAGGCAAAGUUCAGGAAGGCUCUUUACUUCAUCAUAGGUGUGGUGGUUCUCUUUAUCAUUUGCUUCCUUCCAAGUAACGUCACAUUGGUGCUGAUUUGGAUCAAGACCGUCGCAGGCACCCACAGGUGUGAUGCUCUGGAGCACUUGAACAAUGCGUUCUACAUCACCAUCAGUCUGACCUACCUCAACAGCGUGCUGGACCCCCUGGUGUACUACUUCUCCAGCCCUGUCUUCAAGAACAUCUGUAGGAAAGCUCUACGUCUGCCCCAAACCGGCAUCAGUGAGAGCGCAGAGAGGAAAGCCCGAGAGUCAGGCUCGCAGUCACUCAGCCGGCUGUGA